AUGGACAGAGUAGGGGUCGACGAGGAGCCAGGGCCCCACCCGCGGGUGGCAAGCCCGCGUUCCUCUAGGCCAGAACAGACGUACAGGGCUGAGGUAGAACUCGCGAGCAGGACCACUCAGGGCGUGCGACCGCGACACCCCGCGCCCCCGGCCCCCACGCCUGAAGACUUAUGCACUGCGAUGAUUCAAGAGAAACUGGAACAACUCCGCCGCGACCUCGACGCACGAGCAAAGGAACUCGCAAGACGGCGGGAGCAGGACGGCCCAACCACCAGUGCCAACUCAUCUUCUGACGACUGCCGAACGAAGAGUCAAAUUCCGACGGAGAAACACAAUGCCAUGGACUAUCAGGAUGAAUCCAGCGACUCUGACGCACUAUUCCAGGAAGUCAGACGCCGCCGGAAAGGCACCAAACGCAGGAAAGCCGAAGAAACUACCCCCAUGCAGACGGAAUCACGAGCUGUACCUACCACCAACUACUACGCACCACUACAGCAACAGGACCCAGCAAUGGAAGACCAACACCAGCCUCAGCCUAACGACACAAAUACUCAGGACGCCACAGCUCUGCCGCCGCCGAAACCGAGAAUACCACCUGUGACAAUCAACUACACCGGGAAAUACCUGUAA